GUCAACUGUGCUUGCCGCAAUCGAGGUUGCCUUGAAAAAAAUAUUGACCAAUCACCUUCGUCUGCUUCCGAUAGAUAGUUGAUCAAGGGCCUGACAUGCCUGGAAGAAAGAGGGCAUGUUGCCUCGACAGUAUUGUUUGACACACACGGCCAAGGAUGGGAAUGCUCAAUCCGAGCAGAGCUCAUGGUUCGAACGAAGCGCUGUACUGUAUAAGAACCGGCUGAUGGCCCAAGCUUCUCGAUCCUCGGCGGCAGCCCCUACUCGGGCUCGCGUUCCGGUUCCGCGGGUUUUGGGUGAUCCCCUCACUGCACAUCCCACGGCCGCUUUUUCUAUCGAACAGUGCAACAUCAACCGUCGUGCAGGCGAAGCACCCACCCGACGAAUUGUCCUGGGCCCGGAGAUCUGUUUCUUAUCACUGCAUUCGCCUUGUGAAAGUCCCCUUAUCAGAGGCAAUCGUCUUAGACCCCCGCUUAACGCACGCCAGCAGCGUGUGUGUUGAGCAGCGGAUUGCUGGACUGUCCGCAAAUAUGGAGGAACUGCCCGAGCUGGCCGAUAAUAAUGAUCACUCGGCAAAGAGAGCCUGUGACCAAUGUCGGCAGCGGAAGAUUCGUUGUGAUAGAGAGUUGCCUGUAUAUUCAAACUGUAGAACUGCCAGUCGGAGUUGUAGCUCGACCGGCCUCGGCCAGAAGCCUCGCGAACCCAGGCAGAGAGUUCUCAUCACCCAUCAAUAUGAGAGAAAGAUCGAUAGUCUCGACUCCCGCCUGGGAGCCAUCGAGAAGAUGCUGCACAAAUUGACCGUCUCCCUCAACAACCGAGGCCCACCAACAGCAUCCUCGAGUAUCUCUCCUACACUCGAGUCAGCAGCAGCAGCCUCGUCAUCGGCCCCUCGUGAGAAUAGUGCAGAUGCCUUGUUUGGUGCUGACAAAGACAAUGAGAGCGAUGACUUCGAGGCUACCGCUUUGAUGAAGGAGCAUACCGCAUUUGCGACUCAGUUCAUCGAAAACACCACAUUUCCAUUCCUCGAUCCAGGGAUGCGGGCGGCAUUCUUGUCCCUGCAGGAGCUUGUCAAACUCCAAAACAUCGAGAAUGCCCGCCAUGAUGCGCGGUUCACCACUGCGAAACCUCUCCCAAAAGGCGGCUGGGCUGAACUGCCUAUGCCGUCUGCUGAUAUAGUUCUCAGUGUCCUGCGCGAGAUCAAACAACACCCUCCUAUGGGCUUUCCAGCAAUUGCCACAUUCACCGGCAUCGAGGACUUUCCCGACAACGUUCGCAGGGUCUAUUUUGCGACUGAAGAGUACAGUUUAAUGCAAUGGGGGAUCGUGAAUUUGGGCUUGUACUUCACCCUGCAAGAGAGAGGGGCUGCGUCAGAAGGGGAUCGUCAGGUUCAACUGUUCGAGGCUUCGUUUCUUUGCCGGGAUAACAUCGAAACCGCGCUUACAAAUCUCCCUCUUUUGUUACCGCAGCGCAGAGAGAGUGUCGAGCUUCUAAUAAUGGCUACGAUGUACGCCAUCGAGGAGUCGAAAUACUCGCUCGCCCGAGAUUUCAUCACUAUAGCGGCGAAUAUUUGCCAGACUCUGGGCUAUCACCGAGCCCGUAGUCCGAGCACCACGGAGUCUGAGCAUAAAGCGAUGUUAUUUUGGACAACAUACAUCUUCGAUAGCGCCCUGUCACUGCGAGCUGGACGGCCGACCGCAAUCCAGGACUGGGACAUAACAAUCCCUAGAGAGAUCGGUCCCAAGGUCAAGAACGUAGAUCCACUCUGGAAGAUUGGUCAAGCUCAGUGGAUCAGCUGGAGCGAAGUUAUGGGAAGGACGUACAGAGAGCUCUACAGCCCUGAGGCUCUGGCCCGAACCGCUGAGAAGCGUGCCGAAAACGCGCGCCAGCUGGCUCAAGCACUCCAGGAUGUGGUAGCACGGUCAGCUCCGCUGAUUGAGCAUGUCGUCGAGAAAAUGAAGAUGUCCGGGGGCUAUAAUGCCCAGGCACGCUUCUCAUUCGAUAUAGCAGUCGUCGGUGAUGCUCUGGUUCAAUGGUCGGUUUUGACUCUGAUCUACCGUGCAAUCCCAACUCCACCGGGGUCGCCAAGUACCUUCAACCCAGAGUGCAUCCAUGCAGCACGGGAAGCAUUUUCUAGUCACGAGGGUUGCAUGGCAUUGUGUGGUGAGAGCCUGUUCAUGAAGGCAGGGUAUAUUCAGUGGAAUAUUCUCUAUAUCCCUUUCAUCCCUCUCGUCGUGCUUUUCUGCCACACCAUCGAAACGGCAAACGAAGAAGACCUUGAUAUACUGGUGAGAUUCACCGAGGGCUUGCAACCUGUGGCGCCCAUUUCCUCAGGAGUUACCAAGCUGUAUCGGAUAUCGCAGGUGCUGGUAAACAUUGCCAGUCUGUGGCUCCAAACCAGAAAGCAGGGACAGCAAGAUCAUAACAUGAGUAUGGUUGGAGACAACGUCGAGAUGUACUUGAACCAGUUAGGUUUCAUGCCGCAGCAUUCCCAACAGGACCACACGUAUGGGAUCGGAGGACCGGCAGGAUUCGGCUAUGAUAUGGACCAAUCUGCUCAGCUGGCGAACUGGUUCUCGGGGAACACGCAUAUUUUUGGCCUGAUGGAGGAAGAUCUGUCGGGGUUCCAAGGUUUCUAGUCCGGCCAGACAGGGUAGCAUGAGAUCGUAAGGCUGUAACAACUUCUUCCAAGACUACCCAAACG